CCGUCCUUCGAUCCCAGGAGCACAACACCUGUAAAUAACUUCAUUUGCGCCAAUUCUCCCUUUCUCCUCUCCGUGUCUGCCAGUCCUCCGUCGACAUGUAUUUUAGAGCCGCCUCCAGGUCCAUUGCGGCCUCUGCCCGUGGCGCUGGAUCCGUACGAUCCUCUCCUUCCUGCCUUUACGCCCGCGUUUCUCAGACCGCCCAAGCCGCCGGCAUAACGCAGCAACAGACCCGCGCUGCCUCGUCUUCUGAGCACGCCAUUGCCAACCCUACCCUUGCCGGAAUCGAGAAGCGAUGGGAAGCCAUGCCUCCACAGGAACAGGCAGAGUUGUGGAUGCAAUUGAGAGAUCGGAUGAAGGUGGACUGGCAUGAGAUGACUCUGCAAGAGAAGAAGGCGGCGUACUGGAUCGCUUUCGGACCCCAUGGUCCGCGUGCCGAAACCCCCAAGGGCGAGGGAAUGAAGGUCUUCAUUCAAGUCGCCAAGUACAUGCUUAUUUCAUUUGGUGUCUUCUAUGCCAUUCGCAUGGCUGCUGGCCCUGCUCCCAAGACCAUGAGCAAGGAGUGGCAGGAAGCUACUAACGAAUAUGCCCUGAAAGAGAAAUUGGAACCUAUCACCGGCAUUAGCAGUGCAGGAUACCAGGGCAAGGGCUUUAUUCAGAGUCCACCAGCCUCCAAGCAAUAGAGAACUCAACCUUGCAUGUGAAGGGCAUGCCUCCACGAUCGCUCGAAGACAGGGAUGGGAAGAGACGUGGAGGAUGUAUGUCAAAGAUUUGCGUGAUGGGACACAUCAUUGCAUGCAAUUUCUCAGUGCGUGUAUUUACUGCUGUUAUGCAACCUCCAAGACCUUUUCUUUGUCCAGUUCAGGAACCAUGUAUUAAUCAAUGGGAAACAUUGUGUACUUUUAAGAAAUUUCCACAUCCAGCGGGCUGACCUCCCAGACCAACCUUUAGAGGUCGCCCCAUAUUCUGCAACACUUGACCCUGUUGUUUCCCUGGUUCCGAAUCUUCCCUCUUUGCGAUUCGCAUUUCCCUUACCUACCAAAGCCUUGGGUUCCUUUUCUCUCAUUUCUUUGGUUUUAACCUGUACAUGUAUGAAAUAGGAUAAAAUCGCAUUUGAAUUUGAGUUUA